AAGACAUAGAUGACUUUUCAAGGCCAACGUUCAGCAGUCGGAGAUGAUAUCUAUAAAGAAUCGUUAUGAUCGUUGGAUGGGAUACCGGUGAAGGUGUACGGGUACCAGCACCUCGCUCCCGGCCUCCGUAAAGAAACUCAACACGAUGGGAAGGAUCAGUGUCUCCUGUCUGUUUCCCGCCUCGUGGCACUUCAGCCUGUCUCCGGUGGUGCUGAGCAGGCUGCUCCUGCCGUCAGUCAGGCAGCUGCUGUACCUGAGCGUCCUGGUGGGGCUGCUGGGGUUGCUCUACAUGCUGCUGAUCAUGGGCAGGGGCCAGAACAGCUGGAUCGGCGCCGACAAGCAGUUCCACAGGCAUUUGGCCAGAGUGACAGACCUGGACACCACAGACACCAGUAACCCAAACCUUAACUACGGCCUGGUGGUUGACUGUGGGAGCAGUGGCUCCAGGGUGUUCGUGUACUGUUGGCCCAGACACAACGGGAAUCCACACGACCUGCUGGACAUCCGCCAGAUGAGAGACCAGCACAGGAAACCUGUGGUCAUGAAGAUCAAACCAGGAAUAUCGGAAUACGCGGACACGCCGGAGAAAGCCAGCGACUACAUCUCUCCUCUGCUGAGCUUCGCCGCUGAACACAUCCCAAAGAGCAAACACCAGGAGACGCCCCUCUACGUCCUCUGCACCGCCGGCAUGCGAGUCCUGCCCGAGAGUCAGCAGGAGGCUAUCCUGGAGGACCUGCGAACUGAUAUUCCCGUGCAGUAUAAUUUUCUCUUCUCUGACUCUCAUGUGGAGGUGAUUUCUGGGAAACAGGAGGGCGUGUACGCGUGGAUCGGGAUUAAUUUUGUCCUGGGGAAAUUUAAUCACGUGGAUGAUGAGCGAGACGCCACGGUGGAGGUGCAGGUUCCCGGCGGCGACCAGCAGGUGGGGCUAGUGCGCAAACGCACGGCCGGCGUGCUGGACAUGGGUGGCGUGUCCACUCAGAUAGCGUACGAAGUGCCCAAAACUGUAAGCUUUGCUUCUCCACAGCAGGAGGAGGUGGCGAAGAACCUCCUGGCGGAGUUUAACCUGGGCUGCGACGCCCACCGUACGGAACACAUCUACCGCGUCUACGUCUCCACCUUCCUGGGUUUCGGCGGAAACGCGGCACGCCAGAGGUACGAGGAGAACCUCGUCACCAACACUCUCACGCAAAACAGACUCUUGGGGCAGCACCGUGGGGAGACUUCUGAAUCUCCGGUCCUGGACCCCUGUCUGCCUGCCGACCUGCAGGAUGAGGUUGGGCCGCCCGGACAGAGGCUCCACCUGCGGGGAACCGGGGACUUCGACCGCUGUCGCCUUCUGCUUCAGCCGUUCCUCGACCGCACCAACGAGACCAACACCUCCCUCAGUGGUGUCUACCAGCCCCCCAUCGACUACCACAACAGCCAGUUCUACGGCUUCUCCGAGUUCUACUACUGCACCGAGGACGUCUUGCGCAUGGGCGGAGAUUACAACGCCACCAAGUACGCCAACGCUGCUAAGAGUUAUUGCGCCACCCAGUGGACAACCCUGAAAGAGCGCUUUGACCGUGGUCUCUAUGCGUCCCACGCUGACUUACACAGACUGAAGUAUCAGUGUUUUAAGUCGGCGUGGAUGUACGAGGUCUUUCACUCGGGCUUCUCCUUCCCCGUCGGGUACGAGAACCUGAAGACGGCUUUGCUCGUUUACGACAAGGAGGUGCAGUGGACUCUGGGCGCCAUUCUGUACCGCACUCGCUUCCUGCCCCUGAGGGACAUUCAGCAGGAGAGCCUGAAGGGCGUCCACUCUCACUGGCGUCCCAGUUUCGUCUUCGUCAAUAACCACUACCUGUUCUUGGCCUGUUUCCUGGUGGUGCUGCUCUCCAUCCUUCUCUACCUGCUACGACUCCGGCGCAUCCACCGCAGGGCCAAACUACACCGGGGAGCCCCCAGCUCCGUGCAGUGGUUGGAGGAGGGCCUGGGAUCCUCAGACCUCACGGUCACCUUAUAGGGCUGCCGGUCUGUCACUCCAGAGUAAGCCCCGCCCCCCCGGUACACUCUUUGCCAAUCCCUCGUCGGCCAGAGGCCUCGUGUCGUGGCCCGUCUCUCACGAGACAAUCGCGUCAAACUGUCUGGGACUGGGGACAUUCCAGGCGCGGGGGGAAAAAAAAGAGACAGUUUUUUUGGUGCAAUUCUUUACACAGUAAUGAAGACUUUUUACUCUGCCCGGGACAUUUUGCAUGCCCUGUUUUUGGUUUGUCU